AUGUGGAAUGAUUAUGGUUUAGGAUGGAAACCAGAAGAGUUUGGUAAUAUUGAAACACUACGAAUACCAAGUACACAAAUUUGGACACCAGACAUUUUUCUAUAUAACACUGCCGAUGAAAACUUUGAUGCUGCAGUGAAAGUCAAUGCCGUUGUGCGGUAUAGUGGUGAUAUACUAUAUGUUCCACCAGUAUUAUUCAAAUCAAGUUGUCCAUUUAAUAUUGCUGCAUUUCCAUUUGUAACUAUCAAAAAGAAAUUACCUUGUUUUCUUAUCAGUUGUAUGACACUACUCGGUCUUGUAUUACCACCGGAUAGUGGGGAUAAAAUAAACUUGCAGAUUACAACUCUUCUCACUGUUGUUAUGUUCAGUUUACUUCUAUCAGAAAUUAUGCCACCAAGUUCCCAUGCUAUACCAAUUAUUACCGUUUAUUUCAUGUGUGUUAUGAUUAUGUCAGUAGUUUCAGUUAUUGCAUCAGUAUUAGUAUUAUCACUUCAUUUUCGAAACUCUAAAAAUUCUGCAAUGUCAGUAUGGAUUCGUAAGUAUAUUUGUAACUAUUUAGCAUGGCUAUUGUGUAUGAAGCGCCCUAAUCAUGAUUUGAGUUGGUGUGCGAUUCGUCGUCGAUUGACUUCUCCAAAACAAGAAUCACAUAAUAUAAAUCAAUUGAUUGCUGAUGAUUAUUCUAAGAUUCCUUCUGAACCAUUAUUCAAAAAUACAUUCGAGUUGUUAUCGACCAAUGGUUUGAAUAUUGACAGUGAAUCGUUAGAAUUUCAAGCAAAUCUAGAGAAACAACGCUCAGUUUCACUAUUAGAAUUUGCUGUACCUUCAACAACAACAAGUCAUCGUUCUUAUCAUCAUCAGAAUACAUUGAAAGAAUUGAAUACAUCUAAUAUGGAAAUGAUUCAUGCUGAGCUACGUACUAUUAUUUCUCAACUUGCUAUUCUUACUAGUCAUUUUCGGCAACAAGAGAAAGAUGAUGAUGAAUCUCAAGAAUGGAAAUUUGUGGCAAGGGUCAUUGAUCGUCUUUGUCUAGUGGUUUUUGCUGUAUCUAUGACUCUUUUUACUACACUUAUUUUUCUCAAUGCUUAA